AUGGAUCAGAAAAUCCAGGAUGACGACAGCCCGGGACAUAACGAAGAAAAGGAGGGUGUGACGGAGUUCUUGCUUGCUUGCGACCGAUGCCGUCGAAGAAAGGUGAAAUGUGGUCGAGGUCAGCCCUGUGAGCAAUGCACCACAGCGGGAGCAUCAUGCGCCUAUACCCUAGGCCUCAAGUCGAGAGUCCGCAGGCAACGCGUCACACUCUCCAACGACAUUUUCUCACCUCUACAAAGCGAGAAAAGUGUUGACCACAUCGCUCGGACUGUGGAUGAGCUAAAAAUCAUGGUGGCGGAUCUCAGCAAACAACGUCCCUCAUGUCCAUCACCCGCACAGGAGGCGCCUGCGUCCUCGAGGAGCCAUGCUACUCCGACGACCUCGUUCCCAACAUCUUCUCAACAUCGGCCAGCAUCUGUUCAGACCCUCGGUGCAAGCCCUGCCAGCGCACCCACGGUGCCGCCGACCGAGUACACUGGCGAGUCAUCUCCAUUCGCGCAUGUCCUGUUCGCCACUUCCUUUUUCCAGAACGCCGUUGGGAGCAGCUCCUCAUUCCAUGUCACGACGGAGAUGGGCCCGGUGAUACAAACCUUGAACAGCAUUGCCAAUGCCCAAAAACAGACCAACGAUCCUGUUGAGGUGCUCUUCCCUUAUGCCAGACCGCUGGAAGAUGGGAGAAAGCCCACGUCAUUCCCGUCGCCGCCACUGAAUAGCGUCUUCGCAUGCCUGAAGAUGGCUCAAGAAAGCAACAAGGUCGACGCCAUGUGGAUCGCCGAGUUCGAAGAUCUCAGCCAUUUCACCGAAUAUGCGAUCAAGGCCUGUGCUCCUGGCCCUGCAUCUGAGGAGGAGAUCAUUAUUGCAAAUGCUGGCCUGUACUGGUUGUUCCUCGAAUGUGCCAGUGUAGCCGAUGAUGAAGUGACCAGGCUUGAUUUCGAGGCUCAGGCGACCUUGUGCCGAGAAAACCUCGAGACAGUCUUGGCUCACCUAGGGUUCCAUAUAAAAAGCACCCUAAACACGGCAUACGCCCUCAACAUGGCCACGACCAAGACAUCUGCCGCAUGGGGUUUUAUCGUCACGGCAUCCCACAUUUGUCAGGCCCUCGGUCUGCACCGCUCUACAACCCUCUCUCUUGAGCCUCCGGUCCAGCAACGGAGGAAGCUCCGAUUAUUCUGGCUCGUAUAUUGCUCGGAUAGAUGGAUUGCCCUGCGCAUCGGACGGUCAUCAUCAUUCCGAGACAAUGAUAUAACUGUCCCUCGGCCACAGCGAAAUCCCGGACCCGACUUGUUGAUUAACAGACUGCUGCCUAUAUGGAUCGAGGGCGGCCCUGGAGCUUUCCUGCAGCCUGAGCAUGUUAGAUAUGCCCGGGCACGCACCCUUCUCUCGGAGAUCCACUUGCUCAUGGAGGCUGAAGAUGCAAUUGAGAAAGAGAAUGGGGCACAGUUUGCGGCAACUGGCCAACCGCUUAUUACUCAGAUUCUAUGGCGAUCAGACCAUAUUUGCAAUUUGUCUAUGCUAAUACUGAUCCAUCGAAGCCUCCCUACUGCCGAUCCUUCAAAGUCGUCAUUCUCGGAGGAGUGCAUCAGCAGCUGCCGGGAUGCUCUAGAAGAACACCAACAGUGUAUGGCCCUGAUCGAGAGUGGCGGUACAAAGACGCGCUUUGUUGAACUAUUUAUAGGCUGGUCCCUUCUACGGUCGCCCUUCAUACCGUUCACCAUCCUCUUCUGUCACAUCAUCGAAUCUUCAAACGCAUCCGAUCUCGGCGCUUUGAAGAGGUUUAUCGACGCCAGUGAGGGAGCAACAUACACUGCGCGCCAUCCCUCAACCCGGAAUCAACUGCGGCUUUUCCAAGCAUUGUACAGUGUGGCGGUCCGAUUCAUCAACCUCCAACAGGACAGUCUAUCAGGGGAGGGUGUUUUUCCUAGUACCGAGAGCCACAGUGUCACAGGAGCUUCCUCCAUUCCCACCACAGGGACUUUCGUGGCUGAUGCGAUGGACUACAGCUCAGCAGCUCCCGGGAUUCAGGGGGCUGUAACUGAAGCAGCCACACUACAACCAGGGGAGGAUCAGUUAUUCGCUAAUCUUGGAGCACAAGUCGACUCAUCGGGGGGACUGCUAGCGAACUGGUUUAUAAGCAACCAGGAGAUCAUGAAGAUGCUCGAGAAUAGCUAG